AUGUCGAAGACAGCAGCGAAGUUGGCCGAUGCCAUGAGCCGCAGAGAUGUGAUUUUUGCGAUGGUUGAUGCAGUGGAAGAAUUUAUUGCGCAGUAUAACGGAGAUCGUGAUCAUCGACAAGUUCCAGUUCGGAUGGAAACCUUAGACAGACUGAAUCUGGAGUUUGCCGAAGCCCAAACUGACAUCGAACGGAACGACGAUCAGGAGAAUAAGAAAUCCCAUUUAGAAGAACGUGUGCAGUUCGAGGCCCGUUAUUGUGAAGCGAAAGGUUUUUUGCUCUCUACCAGUCCCCCAGCAGACGCAAAUCAAUCUUCGGUGUGCAAUGCAACCUUGCUCGGUUCUGUUCCCCCUUCGUUCCAUCUCCGCUUGCCAAAAAUUGAUCUCCCAAAGUUUAAUGGUGACUUUUCUCGUUGGCUGUCGUUUCGGGACACAUUUUCUUCAAUGGUUCAUUCAAACUCGGACAUCCCAACCGUAGCCAAACUGCAAUAUUUGCUGCAAUGUUUAGAAGGAGAAGCACGUAAACCUUUUGAGUCAGUUGAUGUUGAGGCCAACAAUUAUGGAAAUGCCUGGAGUACACUUCUUAAGCGGUACGAUAACCGAAAGUUAUUGAAGCGACAGCUAUUUAAGGCCAUUUACGAUCUCCCACCAGUAAAUAGAGAAUCACCAGAAGAUUUGCACAACCUGAUUGAUGAUUUUGAUCGACAUGUAAAGGCGAUGGCGAAACUAGAUGAACCCGUUGAACAUUGGGAUACCCCACUUCUGAAUCUUCUCUCCUACAAACUAGAUCAUGUGACAUUGCGUGCUUGGGAAGAGAAGACCAGCGAAAAUGAUGACGUUAAAUACACCCAAAUGAUAGACUUCCUUCAUCAGCGAGUUCGUGUACUGAAAACAGUUAUGCCAGCUAAACUCCAGCAAUCGGAAGUGGCCAAAUCGACUGGUUCAAAGUACACUUCCAAGAAGAUGGUAGCAAACACAGUAGCAGCAGGGGCAAAGUCCACCUUUCCUUCUUGCGUCGCCUGUAAAGAAAAACAUCUGUUAUUCCAAUGCCCAAGGUUUGAGAGUUGGCCCGUUCAUCGUCGCCGUGAAUUAGUAGCAUCUAAGCGCUUAUGCUUCAACUGCUUCCGAUCAGGUCAUGUUGCCAUGAAGUGUGUAUCCAAGUACACUUGUCGAACAUGCCACGAAAGGCAUCAUUCUUUACUACACCUUCCCUCGUCAUCGAAGUCUAGCAUACAAUCCAUCCCACAGUCCAUACAACUCCAAGCCGCACAACCUCAAGCCGUACAACCACAAGCCGUACAACCAUCAGGCCUACAAUCGACAGCGAUAGAACAACCUGGCACUUCAGCACAACAUGUUAGCCUAUCCGUCCAAUCGUCAAACAGCACAGUAUUACUACAAACAGUGGCGCUGUUAAUUGUUGAUAAGCACGGAAACGAGUUACCGGCCCGUGCGCUAUUAGAUUCCGCCAGCAUGUGUAAUUUCAUAACGAAAAAAUUAUCGAAUGCACUUGAUCUUCGUCGAAAAACAGUUGACAUCGCGGUUUCAGGAAUCGGAGAUUCUGCGAAGCAGAUAAGAUGUCAGUUAACUGCAACGAUACGUUCACGAGUUUCUCCAUUCACAACCAGUUUAGAGUUCCUAGUUCUCAAGAAACCGACAGCAUGUUUGCCAACAGUACCCGUUGAUUUCUCACAAUGGGGAAUGCCUGAUGUUACGUUAGCCGAUCCAUCAUUUAACAUCCCAGCCGACAUCGAUCUUGUUGUUGGAGGCGAAGUGUACCACGAAUUUUACAAUGGCAGCAAGAUCUCUCUUGGCGAUGGAUUACCAGUUCUCGUCGACACUGUGUUUGGAUGGACGAUAUCCGGGUCGGCACCGAUUAAAUCAAAUCAAGUCCCUCUAGUGUGUCACCUUAGCACUGUUGAUCGUGAUCUUGAACAAGCAGUGCAACGUUUUUGGGAACUCGAAUCUAUAAUACCGUCAUCAUUGUACACAAGUGAGGAGAAGAAGUGCGAAGAAUUAUUUAUCACUACCACCACUCGCGAUUCGUCCGGUCGUUUCGUCGUUCGACUGCCACUCGCGUGUGACCCUCAAGUAACCUGUAACCGUUGUUACAAAACGCAUUAG